AUAGAGAAAGAAAAGAAAACAAUAGCCAGCCACACAGAAGUAUAUAUCAAAAUAAAUGGCUUAAAAAGUGUCCGCAAAACCAGCGAAGCCAACACACAGACACAUCAACUGGAAGUGUGUAUGUGGCGCAGUCACAACAUUAUUCGCUAACUGAAAAUGAUGGCAUCGUCAUCUUUGCUUCACUCUCCGCUGCUUUACCCAUUUCUCUUACCUUCUUCUUCUUCUUCUUCUUCUUCUCGGCGUUCCCGUAACGCUUCUCAAUUUCGAGGUCCUGUUGUUGUGUCGUGUUUACCCAACCACGACCCAUUAUGCAACAAGAGGACUUUUCUCUUUAUGGGUGUCGCUCUUCUUCCUUUUCUUCAAUUCAAUACUGUUUCCGCUCUUGAACGAAUUCAAACAUCUCCAAUCUUCGUCUUCAUUUCAUCUCGGCUCUCUGUUCGCAAAGAACAUCUCCCUCCCUCUCGGUACUCUGUUCGCAGUCGACGUUUCCGCUCUGUUCGCAAACGACCUGUGCUUUCAGACAAUAUCUUGUUGCCUUCCUUAAGUCUCGAUGUCUCCCUUUCAAACGUUGUCUCUUCUUCGUCUGUAUCUUCACCAGUGUCCACAAAUUCAGAAGAAAGUGAGGUGAAGAUACCAGAGGAUAAAAAGCAAGCAGAGACAGCACCUGAAAUGGGGAAACCAUCAAAUUCCUUUGUGUCUCUUCUGAAUGGAAUUGGAAUAUUAUCUUCUGGUGUGUUGGCUGCUCUCUAUGCACUCGCUCGGAAAGAGAAGUCCACCGCCGUUGCAACAAUAGAAACAGUGAACAACAAACUGAAGGAAAAAGAAGAGCAAAUCGUUACGAUGAAGAGGAACUAUGAAUUAAAGUUAUCGAAUGAGCAGGAGGAACAAGCCAAGCUACUUGGAAAGGAAAAAGAAGAGCAGAAAGCACUGAUUGAGCAAUUAAAUUCAGCAAAGAGUACUAUCACAGGUUUGGGACGGGAGCUAAAAAGCGAGAAAAGUUUGAUCGGGGAGCUGAAACUUCAAAUCGACAGAUUUGAAACUGACCUUUCAAAUACUAAUAAAGACAAGAAAGAUCUUGAUAAAAAAUUGAAAGAAAAGGAAGAUUAUAUCGAAAUUUUACAGGAAAGAAUUAACCUGCUGAGCGAAGACCUCAAGGACAAAGAACGCGCUGUUCAGACUCUGAAUUCAUCGCUUGCAGAUAAGGAAUUGGAAUUGAGGAAUUUGAAUUCUACCUAUGACCAAACCAAUGAUGAAUUAUCCAAUGCUAAUUUGCAUAUUCAAGGGUUGAAAGAUGAAAUACUGAAAAGACAAGAGGAACUAGAAGGAAAGGAUUCCCUUGUGAUGGAACUAAAUUCAAGAUUGAGCUCUUUCACUCUUGAGAACAAUAGCAUUAAGAGUGACUAUGGUGUAUUGGAAAAGGAAUACAAUGACCUAAAGUCGUUUUCCGAACAGAAGGCUGCUUUGAAUGCAAAGGUUUUACAAGAAAAAGAAGACGAGCUUCAUCGGCUAAAGGGUAAAUUUGAAGUUUCCCUAAACGAAGCAAGCAAAAACCAGGUUAUCAUCACUGAUUUAACGCAAGAACGAGAAAAUUUAAAGGAGUCUCUAGAGAUUGAAUCUAAGAAAGUGAAUGAUUUGAAGUAUGAACUCCAAGUCACUCGGGAGAAUCUUGAAAAUUCAAGAAACGAGUCUGCUGAACUUGAAAAACAGCUAAAUAAAUCAAAUGAUUUGCGCAAAGAGCUCGAGCUUCAAGUCUCUAAGCUUUCAUCUGAGCUCACUGAAGUUAAGAAGUCACUACAGCGUAAACUCGAUGAUGCAAAACUCGAGGCGGAAAAACUAGCCAAUGAGGUUAUGAUAGUGAAGGAACAUUUGAAAAAAGCAGAAGCAGAACUUCAAAGUACAUCCCACGAGCUAACGGCUACCCUUGAAAACCGCGAUAGCUUACAAAGAGAAUUAAUUGACAUCUACAAAAGGGCUGAAGUCACAUCAGAGGAUUUGAAAGAAGAAAAGAAGUUAGUUACUUCUUUGAACAAAGAUCUACAAGCUUUGAAGAAACAAGUCUUGAAGGACAAGGAAGCGCAAAAAACUGUUGAAAUCGACCUGGAGGAGGCUACCAAAUCACUAGACGAAAUGAACCGAAAUUCGGUGAUCCUUUCUAGUGAACUAGAGGGUGCUAAGUCUCUUAUUUCUAGCCUUGAAAAUGAGAAAGAGGUUCUUGCAAAGUACCUUACAGAACAAAGAAAUACAAACAAAGAGGCUCAAGAAAACAUUGAAGAUGCUCAUAACCUCAUCACUAGACUUGGAAAAGAGAGAGAGAGUUUGGAGAGUAGAGGGAAAAAAUUAGAAGAGGAAUUGGCUUCUGCAAAGGGUGAAAUAUUGCGGUUGAGAAGUCAGAUCAAUUCUUCUUCAAAACCAAAAGUCGUUGCUAACAACGAGCAAGUGCCGAAAGAUAAAGAUGAACCCGAGGUCCCUGUAAGUGCGCGGAAGAAUGUUCGAAGAAGAAAAACUAACCCUUCAUAACCGAGAGAAUCGAAAACUUCACAUUAAAAAUAAGAUAGAAUCUUGAUUAGGAGAGUGAUUAUUAUGUGAUAAAUUAUUUGGAAGGCAGUUGAUAAUAUUGCACUUUAUUCACUUUGGAUAAGUUUUCAUGUUGCAACAGUUUUGUACAAAAGAAAUAACACAGUAGGAAUUGCUGAGCUGAACUUUUAGGAGUGUUGAUUUCUCUUUAAUCAUUUUCAUAAUAACCUAGAGAAAAGAAGAAAAAAAAAAAAAGUAAAAGAAGAGAAUUCUAGGUUGCUUUUGACAUUGAACACUAUUUGGUGUUCCUUGUCUAUCAAUAAAAUCAACAUGCUUGCAACUGUCCUUAA